AUGUUGUGUGCAGCACUUAACAAGAGUUACUAUCACUCAACAUCCAGUGUUCCUCUAGCACAUGUUACAACAAAAGAUAUGUUAGAUUAUGUAGUGCAGAGGACGCCAGAUAAAGAAGCAUAUGUAUUUCCACUAGAAAAGGUACGCCUCACUUUUGCAGAAUUAAAAAGACAAGUAGAUGCAUUAGGAACUAAGUUUAUUUGUAUUGGGCUGAGACGAGGGGAUAUUCUGGGUAUUUUGUCAUCGUGUGCACCCGAUUACAUAUUGGUACAACACGCGGCUGCACAGAUUGGUGUGAUCUUAGCACGACUUAAUAUUGGUAUGCCAAAUAGUACGUUGCAAACUGCUAUACUGAAAAGUGAAUGCGUUGCUCUGCUAGUUGGUGCCGAUGACGACAAUGUACACAAGCAGAUAAUGCAAAUCAUACCUGACUUGAAAACGACAGCAUCUGAAAUACUACAAGUGAGAGACAAGUCAAAACUUCGUUUACUAUUCACCAACCUGGCAGGAUCUCAAGACAGAUGGAAUUCUAAGGAUAAUACUAAUAUAGGCAAAAUAGAUCCAAGUAAUAGUAAACAGUUACUGGAAGAAACCAGCAAGUGCGUUGAGUUUGGUGACCUGUAUACAAUUCUAUACACGUCUGGUAGUACUGGACCAAUAAAAGGCACUCUUCAUUCUCAGGCAUCGCAUCAAAACCUCUACAUGAUGUGUGCAGACAGAUAUGGAUGGACGAAUGAUGACGUCCUGCUAGCUACAUGUACGUCACUGUCUCAUGGUAGUUCGGAAAUGUUUCUCAUAGCUCCACUCAUACUUGGAAUGACGUCAGUCAUACUUUCCCCUGGUGCAAACAUAGAAGAUAAUGUUGCUCUUAUACAGCAUGAGCGUUGUACUGCUCUAUUUGCUACAUACCCUAGUCUUAAUAACCUGCUACAUCAUGGAAACACAAAUCAGUAUGAUUGUUCGUCUCUUCGAUAUAUUGUGACAAGUGCUGCAGCAAUUCCGCAAGAUUUCAUUAAGAAAAUAAACAAACUAUUCCACGCUAAAGUACUAAAUACAUAUGGCUCAUCAGAAGCCUUAUUCAUCAGUGGGAGAGAUCUCAUAGCGAGUGAAAAUGAGGUUAUUGACAAAGUUGGGCGACCAUUUGGUCACACUGAGGUUAAGAUAGUGAAUGAAAAUGGUGGUAUAGUGCCAAUCAAUACCCUUGGUGAGCUACUCGUCCGCAGUAAUUUCCUAUUUUAUUCUUAUAUUAAUGAUGAAGACAAGACAAGGCAGGUUAAGAGCGUAGAUGGAUGGUAUAGAUCAGGUGACAUAGCUAAGAUAAAUAACAAUGGUUAUAUUACCAUUGUUGGAAGACGCCAGGAUAUCAUCAUGAAAGGAGGACAAACGAUGUACUAUUCUAGCUUAGUGGAGUCUUUGUUGAGUCAUCCAAACGUUAAAGCAGCUUACAUAGUGCCGGUGCCAGAUGAAGAAUUACAAGAAGACUUCUGCGCAUGUGUCUCCCUGAUUGGCGAUAUUCCACUAUCUGGCCAUGAACUGAAGAAGUUUUAUAGUAGCAAUAUUAGUAUGGACAUUCACGUUCCAAAACAUGUGAUGGUCUUUGAUCAUUUUCCAAAAACCUCAACUGGGAAAAUAGAUCCGAAAAGCCUGUCUCUCGAAGUGUUUGAGAAAUUGAGUUUAGAUAAAGACUGGCUUGUGCAUGGUAGACAGACAUAUAGCUGA